AUGUUCAACCGGUACGUCCUCGACUACCUUGCCUCAAAGGCUUCUUUCCAACCCUCAAUGACUAUGAACCCCUAUCUCAGCUGGGCCCUCCUGCUCGUGGUGGCAGGUGGUCUUGGUUGGUACUACACCAAUGGCUCGACCCCGAAGGCCAAGACCGCAGUUCGGACUGUCGUGGAGAAGACGGAGGCUGUCGUAGCGCCCAAGAAGCAAAAGCGCAAGCCCAAGGCACCCGAACCAGCCGUGGCGAAGAAGCCCGAGGUCAAGACUGUGGUCUCACCCCCAACCACCGAGGAUGACCAGCCCGAUGAGGAUGUUGACCGCAACGAGAUGGCCCGCCGCCUGGCUGCCAUCAAGAACGGCACUUCCCCUGCCCUUGCGCCUACCUCUAAGAGCCAGAAGAAGAAGGCGAAGAAGGCCGUCCAGCUCGAGAGCGGCUCCCACGCCUCCUCCACCACCGGCGCUGACGCGGAUGACGACCUCUCCCCCGCUGCCUCUCCCGAGGUCAACGCUACCGUUCCUUCCGCUGGAUACGUCUCCGACAUGCUGGAGGCCCCCGCCCCUGGUGCCGCGGUCCUCCGCGUGACCGGCAACAUCGAGUCUGAGCCUAAGAAGCAGAAGGCCCAGAACUUCAAGCAGGUGGAGACCAAGAAGCAGCGCCAGAACCGCCUCAAGAACGAGGCCCGCAAGCAGCAGGUUCAGGAGGCCGAGGCGGAGCGCAAGAAGCUGCUCGAGAAGCAGCUCCACACCGCUCGCGAGUUCGAGCGCCAGGAGGUUUCUCGUUCCAAGCCACCCACCAGCAACGCCUGGCAGACCCAGGCUAAGCCCGCGGUCAACGGCUCCUCUCAGUCCGCUCCCGCUGCUCCUGCUGCUGCGCCCGUUCAGCUCCUCGACACCUUUGAGCCCUCCGCCGCCGCUCCCGCCCAGAAGAAGUGGGACCAGAACCUCCCCUCCGAGGAGGAGCAGCUCCGCAUCCUGGAAUCUUCCAACGUUGACGACGACUGGACUACCGUAUCCAGCAAAAAGGUCAGCAAGAAGAAGGGUGGCAAGGCCGACGAGAGCUUCAGCGAGGCCAGUGCCUCCGAGUCUCAGCCCACUCCCGUGGCCCCUCUCCCCGUUGAGCCCCGUGUGACGGUGACUCCUACUUACCUCCCUGACAUCCUCCGCUCUCGGGAGAAGGGCCACCCGCUGGACUCGGACUGGGCCGCUUGA